UCUAACAGAUCUCCUCUCAUCCUCCCUCUCUUCUUCCUUCCUUCCUCUCCUCCUCCUCGUGCUGCUCUGCCAGUAAAGCCUGUUCCUGCUCACCUUGGCCAGGCUGAUGUGGGAUGCAAGCAGCUCCAUGUGAAUGCCUUUUUGCUCUUUAAAGAGCAGCUGUAUAGCUGCCGUGGCUAUCAGGAUCAGGGUGUGAUCUCCUUUUCUACUCGUUCCUCUCCUUCGCGCUCCCCUCAGUCCUCGUGCCUGCCUGUUUGUGUGUUAUUUCUCACCAGCAGACACUCCGCUACCCCACACACCCCUCUCCAGAGGGCAGACUGUGGGUUGCGUUCCCUCUUCUAGUCGGCUGGGCUGUGUGGGGUUCGGAGUCAGAGCGCUGUGAGAUGUAUUCCCUCUGAAACCCGGAGUGAGGGGGGGCAGGAAGUAACUCAGCAGCCGUAGAGGUAGCAUCGGCGUCGACAGCGGUGGCAACAGUGAGCGUGUGAGAGAGAGAUUAGAGUAGUGGAGCACGUUGCUGAGCUGAGCUGUGCCAUAGCGUGUUCUGUCUGGCUCCGUGCGCUCUGGUGAGGCAGGGGCGUCCAGGAGGGGAGACAUGUGGCUCAGCCCAAAGCCUCAGGACCAGGAACAGUGAAGAGCAGCCCUCGGCAGCCUCUAGCAGUAUGGCAGAGCCAGAGACCCACUGAUGAUUCCAGCCUGACUGAUGCCAGCCCACGUGUGGGUUACCAUGCGCCACAGCCGCGCCGCACCAGAGGGAAACACAGCCAUGUGAAAGUGGACUUGGUCGAAGAGCAACUCUUGGACAUGUUUUCCAGGGAAAAGUUUGUAUUUUUCUCCAUUUUUGAACUUGUUUUGUUUCUCUUGGUGCUGUUUGGCGGUCCCGAGCUCAGCCAGCAGGCAAGGACUAAAGCCAGAUGGAACAAGGGGGGAUCCCGUCUGCGCCAGGAGGACUCCCCACCCCGGAUCGUAGAGCACCCCUCUGACCUGAUCGUGUCCAAGGGGGAGCCCGCCACCCUCAACUGCAAGGCGGAGGGGAGGCCCAGCCCUACUGUGGAGUGGUACAAGGACGGGGAGCGUGUGGAAACGGACAAAGAUGACCCGAGGUCUCACCGCAUGCUCCUUCCCAGCGGCUCCCUCUUUUUCCUACGUAUCGUCCACGGACGACGCUCCAAACCGGAUGAGGGCUCCUACGUCUGCGUCGCCCGCAACUACCUGGGAGAAGCUGUCAGCCGCAAUGCAUCCCUGGAAGUAGCAUUGCUGCGUGAUGACUUCAGACAGAACCCUACAGACGUGGUGGUGGCAGCGGGAGAGCCGGCCAUCCUGGAGUGUAUCCCGCCUAGAGGCCACCCUGAACCCACCACCUACUGGAAGAAGGACAAAGUACGCAUCGAAGACAAGGAGGACAGGAUCACUAUCCGAGGAGGGAAGCUGAUGAUCUCCAACACCAGGAAGAGUGAUGCUGGCAUGUUCAUCUGUGUUGGCACAAACAUGGUGGGAGAGAGAGACAGUGAGACGGCCCAGCUGACUGUGUUUGAGCGUCCCACCUUCCUGCGUCGGCCCAUCAAUCAGGUGGUCCUGGAGGAGGAGGGGGUAGAGUUCAGGUGCCAGGUGCAGGGAGACCCUCAGCCCAACGUACGCUGGAGGAAGGAUGAUGUUGAUGUACCCCGUGGGAGGUAUGAGAUCAAGUAUGACAAGGAGGACUACCUGCUGAGAGUGAGGAAGGCGUCGGCCAGCGACGAAGGCACCUUCACCUGCCUGGCAGAGAACCGCGUGGGCAAGGUGGAGGCCUCUGCCAGCCUCACCGUCAGAGCUCGCCCUGUAGCUGCACCCCAGUUCGUCAUCAGGCCGCGGGACCAGAUCGUGGCCCAGGGUCGCACAGCAACUUUCCCCUGUGAGACCAAGGGCAACCCCCAGCCUGCAGUCUUCUGGCAGAAGGAGGGCAGCCAGAACCUGCUGUUUCCCAACCAGCCCCAGCAGCCCAACAGUCGCUUCUCUGUGUCCUCCAGUGGAGACCUGACCAUCUCGGCCGUGCAGCGAGCAGACGCAGGCUACUACAUCUGCCAGGCCCUGACCGUGGCUGGCAGCAUCCUCGCCAAGGCCCAACUGGAGGUCACAGAUGUGCUGACAGACAGGCCGCCGCCCAUAAUCCGUCAGGGUCCGUCCAAUCAGACGCUGGGAGUGGACAGCGUGGCCCUGCUAAAGUGUCAGGCGUCAGGAGACCCCAUCCCCUCCAUCAGCUGGCUGAAAGACGGGGUCAGUCUGCUGGGGAAGGAUCCCCGCAUGUCCCUGCAGGAGCUGGGCAGCCUCCAGAUGAGGAGCCUCAGGCUCUCUGACUCUGGGAUCUACACCUGUGUGGCUGCCAGUUCCAGUGGCGAGACAUCAUGGAGCGCCUUCCUGGAGGUCAAAGACCAAGCUGGGGUGAUGGUCAUUAAGAACCGUGAUGACAACGAGCUCCUUGGCCCUCCCUCCAAACCCCAGGUCACUGACGUCACCAAGAACAGCGUCUCGUUGUCCUGGCAACCCGGCCUGACUGGGGCCACGCCCAUCUCCUCUUUUGUCAUCGAAGCCUUCAGCCAGUCGGUGAGCAACAGUUGGCAGACGGUUGCGGACCACGUGAAGACCACGCAGUACACGGUCAAAGGCCUGCGCCCCAACACCAUCUACCUGUUCAUGGUACGGGCGGUCAACACCCAGGGCCUCAGUGAUCCCAGCCCCAUGUCAGAGCCCGUCAGGACACAAGACAUCAGUCCUCCAGCCCAGGGGGUGGACCACAGACAUGUACAGAAGGAGCUGGGGGAGGUCAUAGUUCGUCUUCAUAACCCGGUCGUCCUGAGCCCUACCACCAUUCAGGUCACCUGGACGGUGGACCGUCAGUCCCAGUUCAUCCAGGGCUACAGAGUUCUGUACAGGCAGACGUCUGGCCUGUUUUCCCCAGGACCCUGGCAGACCCAGGAUGUGAAGAUCCCCUCAGAGCGCAGUGUGGUCUUCUCCAACCUCAAGAAAGGCAUCAUCUAUGAGAUCAAGGUCCGGCCCUACUUCAAUGAGUUCCAGGGCAUGGACAGUGAGUCCAGGUCGGCUCGCACCACAGAGGAAGCUCCCAGUGCCCCUCCCCUGCAGGUUACAGUCUUGAUGGUGGGCAACCAGAACAGCACCUCCAUCAGCAUCUCCUGGGACCCCCCUCCUCCAGACCACCAGAACGGCAUCAUCCAGGAGUACAAGAUCUGGUGCCUAGGGAAUGAAACACGCUUCCACGUGAAUAAGACGGUGGAUGCAGCCAUCCGGUCGGUGGUUGUGGGGGGGCUUCAGGUGGGGGUGUUGUAUCGGGUGGAGGUUGCUGCCAGCACCAGCGCAGGGGUGGGGGUCAAGAGUGAACCUCAGCCCAUCGUCAUCGGUAAGGACUUCCGUGACGUGAUCAUAAGUGGGAACAGGAACAACAGCAUCACGGAGCAGAUCACAGACGUGGUGAAGCAGCCAGCGUUCAUAGCGGGGAUCGGAGGGGCCUGCUGGGUUAUCCUCAUGGGCUUCAGUAUCUGGCUAUACUGGAGGAGGAAGAAGAGGAAGGGGCUCAGCAACUAUGCAGUUCAGUCCUUCACCUUCACCCCUGCAGUGACGUUCCAGCGUGUUGACGGAGGUCUGAUGAGCAAUGGAAGCCGACCAGGCCUGCUGAAUGCCGGUGACCCAGGAUACCCGUGGCUGGCUGACUCCUGGCCUGCAACCAGCCUGCCUGUCAACAGUGGCUCCGGUGGACCCAAUGACCUUAGUAACUUUGGACGAGGAGACACCAGUAGUAAUGGGGAUAAGACCGGCACUAUGCUCUCUGAUGGAGCCAUCUAUAGCAGUAUAGACUUCACCACCAAGGCUAACUACAACAGCCCCAGCCAGGGCUCCCAGGGAGCCACCCCCUAUGCCACCACCCAGAUCCUCCACUCCAGUAGCAUCCAUGAGCUGGCUGUGGACCUCCCUGAGGCCCAGUGGAAGGCCUCCAUCCAGGCCAAACAGGAGAUGGCCAACCUGGGGUACUCCCUGCCCGACAAGAACUCCUGCAACAACACACUCCUUUUCAUUCCUGACUACCGAUUGGCCGAGGGAUUGUCUAAUAGAAUGCCACACAACCAAUCACAAGAUUUCAGCACCACCAGCUCUCACAACAGCUCAGACCGAAGCGGCAGCCUAUCAGGUGGUAAGGGGGGUAAGAAGAAGAAGGCCAAGGUUGGCGCCAAACCCACCAAGGCUAACGGCUCCAGCUGGGCCAACGUGCCCCUUCCCCCUCCACCUGUACACCCUCUCCCUGGCACUGAGAUGGACCACUACCCCAACGAGCACUAUGAAGGAGGAGGGUAUGAGAGUGAUGGCUGGGGUCCUCCCAUGCCCGUGCAGACCUACCUCCACCAGGGAAUGGAGGAUGAGCUAGAGGAGGAGGAAGAGAGGGUCCCCACCCCACCCAUGCGUGGAGUGGCCUCGUCUCCAGCAGCGGUGUCCUUCGGUCAGCAGUCCACGGCCACCCUCACCCCCUCUCCCCGGGAGGAGCUGCAGCCCAUGCUCCAGGCCCACCUAGACGAGAUCACCCGUGCCUACCAACUGGACAUGGCCAAACAGACAUGGCUGAUGCAGGGUGGCUCCCUCCCCCCCCUCCCUCCCCAGGCCCCCGCCCCUCCGGUGGGGUACGUGUCCAGCACCCUGGUGUCUGACCUGGAGACUGACAUCCCUGACGUGGAUGAGGAGGAUGAGGAUGAGGAGGAGGAUGACGGCUAUGAGAUGUCCAGGCCUCUCUAUGGUAUUGAGCACACGCCAGGGUCCAGCAUGGACAACCUAGACAGCUCCGUAACAGGGUCCAUGGUUAACGGCUGGGGGUCAGCCUCAGAGGAAGAUGACCGUCACUACUCCAGCCACAGGUCCAGUGUGGGCAGCUCCUCUGACGGGUCCCUCUACACCCACUGUAGCUUCGCCCAGGCCCUGGUGGCAGCCGCUGACAAGGCAGGCUACCACCUGGAGGGCACCAGCCUGGCAAAGAGAGGUAAAGGGCUGUCCCACCGACCCCGGCCCAGCAGUCCCUUCUCUACGGAUGGCAGCACGGUGGGCACACACAGCCUGGGCCACCAGAGGGCUACCCGGCCCACCCGCAAGCCCCGGGGACAGGGCACCGCGCCCCACAGGAGAGACGCCAGUGCAAACGACCUACCUCCUCCCCCUGACCCACCGCCCAUCCAGGGACCAGGGCCUAUCCAGGGAGCCCGUAGUGUAGGCGGCAUGUGCCCCCCAGCCGAGAAGAAGGCCUCGUCCCUGGAGCGCCAGCCCAUGUGUGGUGCCAUGCCCCUGUCUGGGCUGGAGGAAAUGAAGAGCUGCAUGGACAGACAGACACGCACCUCUCUGGAGCGCCACCGCCAGGCACAGGACAGACUAGCAUCCAUGGACCGAGGAGACGACCCACGCAGGGGACACAAAACAGAGGGGUGCCUGCCCCCCUACAGUAAACCCUCGUUCCCCUCCCCUGGGGGCCACAGCUCCUCUGGGACAGCCUCCUCCAAGGGCUCCACGGGGCCACGCAAGGGAGAGGGACCUCGAGGGCCACACCAAUGGACUGCCACAGACCACAAUGACAUCCUGGGGACCAACGGACAGGGACAGUAUUCAGGCGAGUUAUAGUGACCUGCCUGCAGUAGGAUCUGAACUGAACUGGAGUAAGCCUCGUCGUCCUCAUCAGAAUGACGCCUCGCCCGUUGGUGCAAUGAACUUUGUCCUUCUUUGUGUAUUAUCAGAGGAGAGGAGCAGGAAGAUGACGAUGAUGACCACCAUAACAGAACUGUAAAUGUGAUGUAUAAACACAGACAUACAUACUGUACAUCCCACUAUGUUGUUGUCCUCAAGAAAAUUAUUUCCCACCUUCCAUCUUCAUUUUUUUCAGUCAGAAAAGAGCAAGUAAACAAAAUAAUUAAAACAUCUUUAUGAGAAAACACAUUUUCAAAGUAACUGUCCUUGGGGAAAAAAGGGAAUCUUGUUUCCUGUAAAUAGAUAAAUUACAUUGUUGUUGCAUUGCUAUGCAAGCCUACUUCAGUUUGAGCUUCUUCAUUCCAUACUGUUGGUUAUAUCUAGUCAUUUGUAUUAUACGUGAAUUGAUAGGCUGGUGUGCCAUAAAAUAAUUGUUUUUACGAUCCAUCAUUUGUUAAUACCUAUCAUUGAUUAAUUAUUUUCAUUAUUAUUAUUAAUUAUUGUUUUUUUGCACUGCGAUUUUUGGUGAUAAGCACAAAAGCAUUGCUCCUGCUGACAGGAAGUACCGGACGAACAUGUGAAGAGGAGUUUCUCUAGAAAGAUGAGAAAAUAUAUACUAAUGUACAGAGAGAUAUUAAAGAGUAAGAGGUUGCUUAUGGACAGCAACUAAAUGGAUACCCAUUUCCAAGUUAGGGCUAAUCAGAAAGCAGACGUGUUUUUGUUGUGGUGUCUUUGAGGUUGGGGGCAGAAAAGGGGCAGAGUAGAGACAGAGAGAGGGGGGGUUAGUGGUUAGAGUGUUGGGCCAGUAACUGAAAGGUUGCUCGAUCGAAUCCCUGAGCUGAUAAGGUAACAGUUAACACACUGUUCCUAGGCCGUCAUUGUGAAUAAGAAUUUGUUCUUAACUGACUUGUCUAGUUAAAUAAAGGUUAAAAAAAGGUUUUAAUUAGUUGAUUAUUGGGUUAACUUCAUCUGAUUCUAUUGUAAUCUUAUAGUUCUACAAAUGGACUGCUAUAGACUUGUUAGAGCUGGCAGUUGUGAGGUAGUCCAGACAUUGUCUUGUUUUCAGAACAUAACACAGCCACAUUACAAUGGACGUCUAGCUGGGCCCUCAUCUUCAUACCAGCGUUUAAAUACAAUUUAUUUGAUCUUCAUCUCAUCUUUGAUUUUAUCUUCAUUGAAUUCUAGAGUUUUUGUUUUCAUCUGAAGAUCAUUUGAAUAAUGCGUCUAGUAAAGUGAACAUCUAGAAUCUAGUCACUGAAGCCAUACAGUAGCACUUAGAAUACACUAUGAGGAGCCUCAAAGCCAUAGUUCAAUAGGUGUAAUCUAUAUUGUAAACUGGGUGUUUUCGAGCCCUGAAUGCUGAUUGGCUGAAAGCUGUGGUAUAUCAGACCGUAUACCACAGGUAUGACAAAACAUUUAUUUUUACUGCUCUAAUUACGUUGGUAACCAGUUUAUAAUAGCAAUAAGGCACCUCGGGGGUUUGUGGUAUAUGGCCAAUAUACCACGGCUAAGGGCUGUAUCGAGGCACUCCGCAAACAGCACUUAGGCGUGGUACAUUGGCCAUAUACCACACCCACUCUGACCUUAUUGCUUAAAUCUAAAACUGACAUACGACUUGCUUCCUUUUAAUCAUCCCACUGUUAAACUCUGGAUUGGGUCGAACCCAGUUGUAGUAAGAACUAACAGUAAUAUUGAUGCUAAAGCCACUCUAUUGCCAGGAAAAAGGCUUUAGGAUAGGUCCUUCUUUCGUCUCCUUUAUUAUGAGAGGCAAACAUUUGUUUUGUCAUCCAUUUGACCUUUAAUUUGCUUAAUUUAGAGCACUUAAUGUACUCGGUUAAGAGUGUUGUCCAGUAACUGAAAGUUUGCUGGAUCGAAUCCCCAAGCCAACUAGGUGAAAAAUCUGUCAAUGUGUCCUUGAGCAAGGCACUUAACCCUAAUUGCUUCCGUAAGUCGCUCUGGAUAAGAACUUCUGCUAAAUGACUCAAAUGUAAAUGUAAUGUACUCCACAUCAAUGGCAUCCCACGGAAAACAAAACAAUGGCCUGCUUCUGCCUCAACUGUUGUGUAUCUGUUUCAUUCGGAGCACUGCAGCCCCUGCCUUGAAGUAUGGAACUAUGUUAUAAUUAGCACACAGUAGAACACUAACUAGACUCCCCAUUGGGACUCCAAUUCCCAGAAUGCAUCAGAUAGUGAAGCAGAAGGCAGGUACAGUCAGAAUGGAGAAGAGCCACCUGCAGUAGGAGAUCCCACUGCAUCUGUCUCUACAGCAUAGAGCACUACUUUCUAUCUGCCUAACAGUCACAACACAUUUUCCUUCUGCCGCAUGGAACUAUUCAGCCUCAGAUGUUCAAUUUGAAUCUUUUCAAACAAUGUUCUUAUCAUUUUUUUAAAACCUGUUUCUUUGUAUGCCUUUCAUGGACUCAAAAAGGCUGCUUAAUGAUGUGUUCGAUAUCAACAUUCAGGAUUUUAUCGGUAAAAUGUUUAUUUUGUCUUCUUUAGUACUGCUUAAUGUUGAUAAAAGGAGAGUUGGAAAGCAAACGGAAGGCUUUGCCAGAUAUGCUGUUGUACUGUUGUGUUCAUGUCACUGUCAUUUCAUAUCAUCAACCUAGUGGCCAGUGUUCUGGAAAUGAGGUGCAAGGAGUGUCUCAGGUUAUUUUACUGUACAUUCUGGCGGUGUUCAUGUGUGUGUGUAUAUAUAUGUGUGUAUAUGUUCAUAUGCAUCUCCACUCAGUUAUUUCAUUCCAGUUUCAUUGCUGAAAGAUAACCCUCUUUUAUGUCCGAUGCUGUCCUGUUUCAUUUCUUUUCGCCAGUUUAAUUCCAAGUUUAACGUGCUGGUCCAUCCACCUUAAGACAAGAUGUCAGGAACAGAACAUACCAAAUUAAUAUUGAUACUUCUAAUGUGUUUUUGUGUCUUUUUAAUAAUCAUGGUUUUCUUUUAAAUCACGGUGUUGUUGUUUUGUAUUUAUUAAAAUGAUAAUAAAAAGGUAUAUUGUGAAAUAUGCAUAAAGAUUUGUGGAAUAUAAAAUGUUGUUUUUUUGUAAACUUUGCUGUCGGAGAAGGCCAGGGACGGGCAACUCCAGUCCUCAGGGGCCAGAGUGCUGUCACACAUUGUCCCCAUCCCUAGCAAACACAGCUGAUUAAACUAAUUGCAUUCUAAACUGAAGAUCAGGAUUAGUUGAUUAUUGGAGUCAGGUGAGUUAGCUGGGGCAAAAACGUGGCAUCAAUAAGGCUCCCCGAGGACUGGAGUUGCCCAUCCCUGAGCUGGGCCAUAAGGACUUGAUUGACUCUCCAGGUCCACAGUAAGUUGCAAAGCUGGGUCAUUAGUUGUCAGAGACAAUGGAGUCACUGGGUCCUGCAUGUUAACAACUCUGCUCCGUCUCAUCUCAAAAUGAAAGAAACUAAAACCUUUUCCAAACACAAACAGCGAUAUGUUCCUCAUUUGCUUGACAAGACAAUAGAUACAGGUGUUCUUUUUUGGAAGGUUGAAAAGUACUUUGGCUUUCCGUCUCUUUCGUUCCUUUUCUCAGUAUUGUUGGAUCUGUGUGUUCGCCUUUUUGCAAGAAAAAAAGAGGAUUAAAAAAAGAGAAAAAGAGCAAGUUGUUGGGUGAAGUCUUUCUGUACAGUACCGGGCAAGGUGAUGCCAUCUCUCCAAUGCCAUUUCUACAUUCUGUACAACCUUCUGUAUUCACUUGCAUGUCCUUGUCCAAGAAGAGGAAAAUAGUGGAGCAAGAAAUUAAACUUUUACAAGUCUCAUUCCCAUGUCCUGUAAGAUAAAUCCAAGUUAUUUUCUUUCAUUGUACCUGGAUCACUAUCAACAAAUAAAAUAUUUUUGAAAAAUGUGAA